GAUCUUUGAUCCAAAAUGGAGUCUGAUGGUAAUACGAUUAUCAAAGAGGUGAUUUAUGGUCCUGGGAAGAAGAAGUAUAGGUACUCUAAGAGUAUGGCGGCACAACGGCUUCCAAAUUUGACAAAGGAUUUGAUGAAGAAAGGAAAGCAUUUCAUGUUGAUCCGCAACCCUCUUUAUAUCUUGACAUCAUUAAACAAAGUUAUGCCACCAUCAUUCCUUGAACUGGGUUGGGCAGAACUCGUCUCCAUAUAUUGUGAACAAUGUGAACUCGGGAAUCCACCGCCGGUAAUAGAUGCAGAAGAUCUUCGACAAAAUCCCGAGGCCGUGUUAAAUGAUUUAUGUCAUGAUCUGGGCAUUCCUUUCCAAAAAUCAAUGUUGAAGUGGGAAGCUGGUCCAAAACCUGUAGAUGGACUUUGGGCUCCUUGGUGGUACAAAGAUGCACAUAAAUCUACUGGUUUCACAACAUCACGGAGGACAUACUCUAUGGUAUGGCCGUUUUCUUCAGCACUUUAUGACUUGCUAGAGCAAAGUUUGCCUUUCUAUAACAUGCUUAGACGUCACACGAGGCAAAAAUCUUCUUUUAGCCCAUCUUUACCUCUGCCUAGCUUCCUUAUUCCUGCUAAUGAGAAGCUGCUCGCUUGGGUUGGUGAUGAGCUGUUACCUCAUAACUGUGCAAAGGUUUCAAUAUUUGACUCAAUUGUUCAAGGUGUUGAUGUUGUGUGGGAAGUACUCUGUAUCCAUGACAGAAAGGUGUUCAAGCUUGAAGAGCAUUUAGACAGAAUUCUUUAUUCAGCCAAAGCUUUAGCCUUCAACGAUGUUCCAAUUCGUGAAGAGAUUAAGGGAGCUAUCUUCAAAACACUCAUAUCAAAUGGCAUGUUUGAUAAUGCUCACAUCAGACUUACUUUAACUCGUGGGAAAAAGGUCACAUCUGGAAUGAGUGCAACCUUUAACCAUAAUGGAUGCACACUAAUUGUGCUUGCUGAGUGGAAACAACCAGUUUAUGACAAUUCAAGCGGUAUAAAACUUGUUACUGUAUCCACAAGUCGGAAUUCAUCCAUUUGCAUAGAUUCAAUGAUCCAUCAUAAUAAUCUCAUCAACAAUGAACUGGCAAAGAUAGAAGGAAAAGUUGCCAAUGCAAGUGAUGCAAUUAUAUUGGACAAAGAUGGCUUUGUGUCAGAGGCUAAUGCUACAAACAUGUUCUUAGUGAAGAAAGGACAGGUAUCAACUCCUCUUGCUGACUACCAACUUCCAGGCAUCACUCGGGAAACUGUGAUGGAACUUGUUAGAAAAGAUAAUAUUGUGUUACAUGAGAGACGUAUCAGUUCAUCUGAGUUUCAUGCUGCUGAUGAGGUGUUGAUUACAGGAACAAUGGGAGAACUCAUACCAGUAGUUAUGAUUGAUGGCCGCGUCAUUGGAACCGGAGAAGUGGGUCCUGUCACUAAACAAAUACAGAAUGCCUACAAAGUUCUGAUGACAAACUCAGGUGUGCCGAUACCGAAGCAUUUGGAAGCAUAACUAGAAAUAACCAGGAUAUGCAUUUGGUUUUGGCGAUCAUUAUGCGAUUUCGAUGGUGAUGAACUUAAUGAUGAAUGCAAGCUU